AUGUCAAAUAAAAAGGAAAGAUAUCAUGGGUAGAAAUAGUAUCGUUAGCAACCUCAAGAAUCAUAUCCAAAUAGUGAAAUUAAAAAAGAAAAAUUCAUAAAUAAAACAAAAAUAAAUGAUUCCCCUUUUGAUUAGAAAAUUGAAGUCAGAAGCUUAAAAAAAGUUUCUGUUUCAUAAAAGCUACCUACUAUUUUAGAUAAAUAAAGAGUUGAUUCACAAAUUAUAUAACAAAAUUAAACAAUGAGAGAAAGUAUGAAAUCAUCAAAUUAAUCAAAAACUGUAAAAAAAUCAAUAAAUAAAAAUAACAUUAAUUAAUAAACAAUUCCUCUUACAUUAGAUCAAUUAUUAUAAAAUAAAGGUAUUAAGGAGGAAUAAUCAGAAUCUGAUAUAAAUAAUACGUUUAAUAUUGAACAAGAGCACUCUAUUAUAAAAUUUAAUGAACAAUAUCAAAGAAAUGCAUCUAAAUAAGCUUUUUUAUAAUUAUAUGAAUUAGACAAUAAUAACGAUGAAUUGCAAAAGAAAAAUGAAUUUAUAAAAAUUUUUGAAAAUACCAAAAUAUUAGAAAAUGAUUUAGAUUAUUAAAUUUAAAAUUAAAAUGAUGAGAAUGAAUCAUCAAAUAAGAAUUCAAAAUUUGAUUUUAAUCCUGAAUUUGAAUACCAAUUAUUGAUAGAAUAGAAAAAUUUUAAUCAUUCUAUUGACUUAAGAGUUUCACACAAUUUUCAUUGGCUUAUAAAAGAAAUUUAAUAUUAUUAAGAUCGGCAUAAAUUAUUAUUUCUUAGAAAAUUAUUAUUUGGUGCUUUUAUUUCAUUGCAGAUUUUAAGCUAUAAAUUAUUAUAAUCAACGAUUUUUGAUUUAUGUGAAAUGUUAGUCACAGUAGCAAAUAUAAUAAUAUUGUUGAAUAGAUCUUCUUAAGAGUCAAAUAAAAUAAAUGAAUACUAAUAUUUAUUUUUUGUUUUGUAUUUUAUCGAUACUAUUAUACAUUUAGCAGGAUAAGGCUUUAAAAAAUACAUAAAAUCAUUUUGGAAUAUAUAUGAUUUGAUAAUUCUCAUCCUUUAUUUAUUAUAUAUUGUCUAAAAUCAUAAUAUUUCUUUUGAUGUAUCCUCAUUUAGAUUAAUCAGAAUACCAAUUUAUGUUGGACAUAUAAGUAAUAAAUUAAAUAUCAUAUUAUUAUCAAUUAAAGAAGCAGUUAAAUAAAUUAUCGAAAAUCUGUUGAUACUAAUUCUAUUUACAAUUCUUAUAGCAAUUAUCAUGCUAUACGCAUUUAAUGGAGUAUUAAAAUACAGAUGCAUGAAUGAAGAGCUUGGAAUUUUUUCUUUAAGCCCCUAUGAAAUUGCUGUAUGUGGAUAUAAAGAAUGUGUAAACGGUUUUGUUUGUGCGAGACAAUUAUAGAAUAUUGAUAUCCCAACUAAUUUUGAUAAUAUUCUUUUUGCUUAUUUCUAAACUAUUAGGACAAGCAUUGUAAAUGAUUGGACUAUAACUAUGUAUAUGCUCAUGAAAUAAUUCAAUCCUUUCAUUUGUAUAUUAAAUGUGUUCAUCAUUUUUGCGAUUAAUAAAUUUUAUUUUCAGCUUUUAAUUGCUGUGUUAAAGGUUUAUUACCAUAAAACUUAAGAAUAUUAUUAAAAUAAUCCUGUAAAGCCUGAAUUUUCAGAAAAUUAAAUUAAAAUUUCUUUGUCAUAAUUAUUAGAAAAUGAUAUAUGGAAAGCAAUUAAAAAUUAAAUAUCAAAUUAUCAAAAUAAUAAUUUCUAUUUUGAAACAUAAUAGAAUGGAUACUAAAAAAACUAGAAAUAAAAGUUCACUAUUUAAACAAAUCAAGAACACAAUAAUGUUAAACUCUUAUCUGCAAGAUAGUAGAUUGAUCUUUAAAAUAUUAGGGAAUAAAUUUUGAAUUAAAAUACUCAUGAAUCUUGGAUUAUUCCAUUUUUCAUUCCAUUUCAUAAAUUACAAUUUUAGGUAUAAAAUAUUAUCAAUCUAAAUGAAAAUAAGUUUAAUAAUUUGGAAACUUUUUAUACUUUGAGAAGUCUUGAUUAUUUGAGUAUUUAUAAAAAUAUUCGACUUAGUGAACCAUAUGAAUUUGAAUCUAUCUUAGAUAUUUAAUUGAAAGUAAAUUCUUAAACGAAAUAAGAACAUAUUAAAAAAGUUAAAAAAAAAUUAUAUUUACAUCAAUAAUAUAUUGUUAUUUAAAAAAAAUAAAAUAACAUAAAAAACAAAGAAAGACAAAAACUAAAAUAUCCCUUAAGAAUGAAGAAAAUAAAUAUAGAAAAUUAAGGUGAAUUCUUUGAAAGAUUAGCGAAUUCAAAUAUAAAUGAAAGUAGAUUAGACUCAAGUUCUGCAAAAAAUAAUUAUGAUCAUUUUUAAUCAAAGAAUAUGGGAAACAAUAUUUUUGUUAUACAUUCUUAAUAAGAAAGUAGAAAAAAAAAAUCUUUUUUUUUAAAGAAUUAAGAUUAAAAACUGAUAUAAAUAAAUUCAAAAAGUUAGGCAGCAAGCAUACACUAAAAUUAAUUUAACUUUAAAUACAAUGAAGUAGUUGAAAUCUUAAAUCUUGAGUUAAAAAAUGAACCUAGGUUACUAACUAAUAAUGAAGAAUCAUAUGAAUAAUUAAGCAAUUAAUCUAAAGAAGGAGUUUAUCAAUAAUAUUGGUCUGGUAAUGAUUUGAUAGAAAAAUUAGAAUUUGAAUCUGUGCUUUAAUAUCUAAAUAAAUAAUGGAAUUAUUAUUUCUUAAAGGGAGUACGUUUUUAUUUAAGUAAGAUUCAAUAUCAAUUAUAUUAUUUCAUUACUAACUAAAUUAUUUAAAUAAUAUUAGAUGGUCUAGUUUGCUUAAAUAUUUUGAUAUUAACAUUUUCUGAUUUUUAUGAAAAAAUAAUAGCUGAAUAUUUUGAUUUGAUUAUUACAAUACUUUUAUUUUUGGAAACAAUAUUAAAGAUCAUGACAAUUCAUAAUUAUUUGUAUAAAUUAACAAAUUUUUUGAGCGUAAUAAUUAUAACUUUUGUUUUAAUAGAGAGAGUGUUUUUUAUAUCUAUUUCGAAUGAAGAGGAAUAAAUAUUUGAAAUUUUCACUUACAUAAAAAUUUUGAAAUCGGUUUUUUUUUUUAGGGUAAUUAAAUAUAAUACAUUUGCAUAAAAUAUGAUGAUGAUAUCUUAUUAAACAUUUCCAAAUUAUGUAGUCAUGGCAUUAUUACUUUUUUUUUUGAUUUUAAACUAUGCUAUAUUUUCACUUUAAAUAUUUGAUUUUCCUGAAACUGCUGAAUUAAAAAUGUAUCAUUAUUUUGGCAACAUUUAUCAAUCAUGGAUUGCUGUUUAUGAUAUAUCAACUGGAGAUGAUUGGUAUGGAGUAGUUAUUCUAAGUACUACUUAUGGAAUCUAUGAGAUAGGUUUCCUAUUUUGCAUUUCUCUAGUAUUCAUUGUAAAUUAUUUUGGUUUUGGAUUAUCCUUUGUAAUUAUCCUUGAUGGUUUUGCAAAUUAUUUAGAUACUGCAAAAGAAAUAGAACAAGAAUAAAAAGAGGAAAAAGAAGAAAGUUUAAUUUUAGAUUUUAAUUAAGGUUCAGAAUCCAAAAAGGAAAGUAAUGUAAUAAAAAAUCACAACAAUAUCACUAUGAAAAACUUACUUGAAUCUUUAAUAGAACCAGAAAAUAAACAAAAAUAUCAUAAUAUUUAAAAUGAAUAUUCAUUGUUCAUUAUUUAGAAAAAUAAUUAGUUAAGAAAGUUAUGUUUUCUUAUAACUGAAAAUUAUCCUUUUAAAAUAUUAUUAGGUUUAGUGUUAUGGAGUAGUUUAAUAAAUUUGAUAUUCAUUACUUAUUUUGAUGAAACAGAUACAAAUUUUUGGAACAGAUACGAAAUUAUAUAAUGUCUCUUUAAUUUAUUAAUUUUAAUAGAUGCAAUUAUUUAAAUAAUUACUUAUGGAUCUAUUGCUUAGGAUGGAUACUUUAGUAGUAUUUGGGUUAGUAUAGAUUUUGUAUAUGUUAUCAGUUAUUUUCUAUAUUUAGCAUCUAAUCAUACAGCUUUAAAAUGGGUCUUAUAUUUGGGUUAUUUGCGUCCACUUAAAGUAACUUCCACUUAUGGAUUUUUUGUAAAUGAGAGAGGGGCCAUAAUGAAAUCAUUUUCAGAUAUCUUAAGAAUAUUUUAUGUUAUUUUACUUUUUUGGUUUAUCUUUGCUAUUUUUGGAAUGAGUAUAUAUAAAGAUAAACUUGGUUUUUGUGACUCUUAUUUUAAUUAUGGAGUUGGAAGGUAAGAAUGUUAAGGGGAAUGGAAAAUCUACCCUCAUAAUUUUAAUAACAUUAUUGAAGCUAUGCAAUCUUUAUUUGUUAUUUCUACUCUUGAUGGUUGGGGUAUAACAUUCUUUGUUUGUAUUAAUAGUGCAUCAGAAGAAACUGGACCAAUAAGAUUCAAUAAUGAGUUGAUUUCUUAUUUAUUUUUUUUUAGUUUUACUUUUAUAGGUGCUUUGUUUUUCUUAUAGUUCUUUGCAGGAGUUAUUUUUGUUAACUUUUAAUAAAAUAAGUAAUAACUGUUGAAUCCAGAUUUAACUCUAGAUUAAGAAUUAUUCUUAAAACUAACUGAAAUUAUUAUGUUAGAUAAUCCUAACUACUCAAAACCUCCAAAAAAAGGAUUAAGGCUUAAAGCAAAAAAUCUUCUAGAGAAUUCAACUUAUAGUUUAAUCACAAAAAUAAGUUUAAUUCUAAAUUUAUGUAAUAAAAGAUUUAAUAAUUUUAGUUACUUUAAUGCUUUUUUUUGAGUAAAGUAGCACAAUAUUUUUAAAUAGUUUAAAUUGGAUAAAUCACUUUUUUAGCUUUGUAUUAUUAAUAGAUUGUAUUCUAAAAUUAUUUACUUAUCAUAUUAAAAGGUAUUUUGAUGAUAUUUGGAGAUAAAUGUAAUUAAUUUUUGUUUUAUUGGCUUUGUUUGAUUUCUAUAUUGAUAUUUAAUUUAAUUUUUAUAUGAGAUAUGCAAGAGCAAGCAGAGAUGAUCCAUAUUUUAUAUGGUUAAGAGUAUUUAUAUUAAAUAGAUGUUUAAGAAUGUCUUUGAUUAUUUAAUAAUUUACAAGAAUACGUAAGUUAUUGAAUGUCAUUUAUUUAAAUAAAAUGGCCAUUUUAAGAAUAUUAGGAUUAUUUAUUACAGUUUUAUCAUGCUACUCAUAUAUAGGUUGCGCACUUUUUGGAGAAGUAGAUUCUGGUUCUAUAUUAAAUGAUUAAUUAAAUUAUAACAAUUUUUUUUUUGGUUUGCUUGCUAGUUUUAAGUGCACAACAGAAAAUGGAUGGAGAUUUAUUUUUGUAGACUCAUAGAAUUUUAUGAAAGAGAAUAAAAAACCUUGGUUUCUAGCAUCAGUAUUUUAUUAUAGUUUAAUAUUUAUUGGAGCAAGAGUAUUAAUGAAUCUAAUUGUUUGUGAAUUAGUUUAAGAAUUUGAAAAAUUUUAUGAUACUAGUAGUAGUUGUUUAGAAACUUAUGUAGAAACAAUUGAUAAAUUUCGAACCUUAUGGUGUAAAUAUACAGAAGAAUUUGAAGGCACUAAAAUGUAGACUAAAUAUUUAGGUCAUUUUUUAUUAGAUUUAGAAGAACCAUUAGGAGCUUAAAAAGGUGAUAAUAUAUGGGAUGCAGCAAAGAAAGCAUCAAGUUUUGAAUUAAAAAAAGAUUUUGUAGGCUGUUUAACUUUUAGAAAUUUACUCUAUGAAGUUUUUAAAUAAGCAUUUAAGGAAAAUAUAUUUAAAAUUACAACAGAAGCUGGAAAAAAAAUUAUGAAAGAAAAUGAUAAAAAAAUAAAAUAUAGAUUAUACAAUUAAAGAAAUCAUCAUUUUAGAAGAGAAAGAGUAAAUGAAAAAGUAGAUUUAUAAAGUAAUUUCAAUAUACUUUAAGAAUAUUUAUAUCUUUAUAUGGCUUUGAAAGCUUGGAAAAGUUUUUCAGAAUAUUUUUUUAAUAUUGCAGGAGAAGUUUAAAAUACUAUAAAUUUUACAGAAAGUGAUGUAGAUGCUAGAAUAUCUGAAAUAGAAAGUUAAAAUAGUUAAAUAGAUUAAUCACAAUUUGAAUAAUCUAAACAUGAUAUUAAAAGAAGGCCUACCAAAGAACAUUUGAGAAGACCCACUGAUGUUUAUAUCUUGCCUUAUUAUAAUGAAAUCGAAUCUAAAAAAGAGCAUUUUAAGUCUAUUCUAAAAGCAACUGAUUAAUAAUAAUAAAAAGUUUUUAAAUCUAUCUCUAUCAUUAAAAAAAAGGAGCAGUUAAUUUAAUAUAAAGAAUAUAAUAAAAGAAGAGAUGCUAUAGAUAAACCAACUGUUUAAAAAAAUAGAUAUAAAUAUGGAUAUCACGAAAAAAUUACAAAAUAAUAAUUAGAAGAUAAAAAUGAUAACAGAUUACCUUCAAGAUUGGAUCCUACUAAAAUGCCAAGUGCAUAUAAUAUUACUAAAAUUGCUUUAAAAUGA